UGCACCCACUUUUGUGCUUCUGACCUCAGCAGUGGUGUCGGGGAAAGGGUCGUGGUCCGCGGAUGUGUUCGAAGGCGGCAGUCCUGGAGGUUCUCCUGGAGGCGUAAAGCCUGGGGCUUCCAAUGACACUCUGGGCAGCGAUGGAAGCCUAGAUGCCUCACCGCAAGGAGCGGCCGAGCGGGUCCUCGCUUCACGCCCACGGCAGCGCCGGCACUGUGGAGGGAGGAAGCAUGUCCCGGUUGUCUCUUACCCGGUCGCCCGUGUCUCCCCUGGCCGCCCAGGGGAUCCCACUGCCAGCCCAGCUCACCAAGUCCAACGCACCUGUGCACAUCGAUGUGGGUGGCCACAUGUACACCAGCAGCCUGGCCACGCUCACCAAAUACCCCGACUCCAGAAUAAGCCGCCUCUUCAAUGGCACUGAGCCCAUCGUCCUGGACAGUUUAAAGCAACAUUAUUUCAUCGACCGGGAUGGGGAGAUUUUCCGCUACGUCCUGAGCUUCCUGCGGACGUCCAAACUGCUGCUCCCGGAUGACUUCAAGGACUUCAGCCUGCUCUAUGAGGAGGCGCGCUACUACCAGCUGCAGCCCAUGGUGCGGGAGCUGGAGCGCUGGCAGCAGGAGCAGGAGCAGCGGCGCCGCAGCCGGGCCUGUGACUGCCUGGUGGUGAGGGUCACGCCGGACUUGGGCGAGCGGAUCGCGCUCAGUGGCGAGAAGGCCCUCAUUGAGGAGGUUUUUCCCGAGACCGGGGACGUCAUGUGCAACUCUGUCAACGCUGGCUGGAACCAGGACCCCACGCACGUCAUCCGCUUCCCGCUCAACGGCUACUGCCGGCUCAACUCUGUGCAGGUCCUGGAGAGGCUCUUCCAGAGGGGCUUCAGCGUGGCGGCCUCCUGUGGGGGCGGCGUGGACUCCUCCCAGUUCAGCGAGUACGUGCUUUGCCGAGAGGAGCGGCGGCCGCAGCCCACCCCUACCGCCGUCCGGAUAAAGCAGGAGCCCCUGGACUAGGCCCCCCCUCGGCGCCCACCGGAGGCCGUGAGCCCCGGGGCUCCCCACCAGGGCCCUGGAACCGGUGCUGGGGAGUUGUGCCUCUGCCUGCUCAGCAGUGGGCGUGAGACUGAAGGGGGCGCUGGAGGGUCCAAAGCCUGCCCAGGGAGCCCCAGGUCACAUGGCCACAGAACGUGGGAUGCCAGAGGCAUGCUCGUGGGAGGACAGUUGACGUGACCCAAAGAUGCUGGCAGUGGGGACACUUCUGGGGGCCCCCUGGCCCAGCACAGCAGUCUGCCAGGCAGGGCCCGCGGCGGCCUCCCGGCCCACUGCAGACGAGCCGUUCAUCCUCCACGCGUGGCAGACUCUGCCGGGUCUCCUUGCGUCACAGAUGGCUUAUUUUUCUACAGUAUUUAAGACGGAAGUAACUAACUGCACAAGCCAGAGAGGCCGACAAGGACCAACGCUUCUUCAUCUGGUGCUCAGUUCUUAGCUGGAUGUGCUGCGGGCUCCCUGUGGCACAGGGACUCCUGGGGGCUGGGGCCUAGAUGCCCGCAGUGCGGGGCGUGGGAGACCUCUGGUCCCUGCUCCAGAGGUGGAUGGAUGCAAGCGUGGUGACACCACAGGGACUGAAGCAGGGCCCCCGGGGGACAGGGCUGUCUGCCGGGAGGAGGGCCGGGUGGGUGUGGGGGGACGGAUGGCUCUGGAUCUAUCUGAGACCCUCACCUUUGCUGCCACCCAGGGUGCGGGCCGCGCUUAGUGCGUCACCUGACCUACCAGUGCCCAGGGGCCCUCCAGUCCUACGCGUGUAUUCACGCCGGGGCUUCUGCAGGCGUCUGUCCCCUUCCAGACCGGCCAUGGGGCCACACCGCAUCCUUACCUCAGGAACGGGCCCCACAGCAAAGGGGCCCGUGCGUCAGCGUCCUCGGGGUCCCCAGCUCAGGAAGCCAUCCCCAGCUCGUUUUCCCACACUAACGUGCACACUGAAUCUGAAUUACACUGUCCCAGCCAGUAAGACCGGGACACAAGGCGUACCCCGAUCCCAGCAAGGACUGGCCCCGAGGGGGCCUCACAGACCUGCUUCCUCCCAGACGACAGGCCGAAAGAUGGACACUCUCGGCUCUGUCACCCUUCCCUGCGCACUGGCUCCCCCCCCCGCAGCGUGGGGGACCUCGGAGGGGCGCCCCCGCCAGCACCACGCUGUGUAACGAUGCCUGUAGACUUGUAUAUGACUCCUUUAAUAUUGUAAAGACACCGAUGUACAAUUGUCGUGUUUGUGUAAACACAUUAUGUUCCUAGUUCAUGCCAUAAAUGAUGCUAUAAAGCGAAUGACUCAGGCUCCGUCCUGUGCAGAAGC